AUGCCAUCAGUGCAUUCUAGCCCGUGUUACCCGAUGGAGAACCCGGCUUUGGCAUCUUUACUCCGUCACACGACAGGGGAGAGUAAGCGUAGUAACAGAUUCCCGACCGGAGGGGGGCUUUUGAAAAUGUUCAAGUUGUUUCCUAUGUUGACUUCUGGAUGCAAAAUGGUGGCACUCUUGGGAAGACCUCGGAAAAUGCUAAAGGACAGUGCUACAACUGGCACCAUCUUCGGUUACCGCAAGGGCAGGGUGAGUCUAGCCAUACAAGAGGACACGCGUCAAAUGCCCAUUUUUCUGAUCGAGUUGCCGAUGCUGGCGAGUGCUUUGAACAAGGAAAUGGCGUCGGAUAUCGUGAGGAUCGCGUUGGAGAGCGAGACGAAGAGCAACAAGAAGAAGCUUCUGGAAGAGUUCGUGUGGGCGGUGUACUGCAAUGGGAGAAAGGUUGGGUAUUCCAUCAGGAGGAAACAAAUGAGCGAUGAUGAGCUUCACGUCAUGCAGCAUUUGAGAGGGGUCUCCAUGGGAGCAGGGGUGCUCCCCGGCGCAUCUGAUCAUAAAGAUUCCGAUGGGGAAAUGACCUACAUGAGGGCAAGGUUUGAGAGGGUGGUUGGCUCUAAGGAUUCAGAAGCCUUGUAUAUGAUAAACCCAGAUGGGGCUCAAGCCCCAGAGUUGAGUAUCUUCUUUGUUAGACCUCACUAG